AUGGAGCAACAAGAAGUUGAUAAUUGGCUUCAUAACAAGACACUUAAACUCGACUUCAAUCUUCGGCAAGAGAUUCCCAACUCAGAUCUGCUGGAGGUUAGGGUUUUCUCCAAUGUUAUUUUUUACCCUGCCUUGGGAUAUAAAUCUGUCAUUAUCCCAAUUUUUGCCAUUGCCAUGAGCAUUUUUGUGAGUUUCAGUUUUGCUGCCAUGUAUGGAAUUGCUGUGGCUGCCCUUGGUAUGCCUAGUACCAUUACCACUAGAUUGGCCAUAGAUGCAUGCCACAAUGCUAGAGGUAUUGCUGAGAUGGCUGGCAUGACUCACAGAAUUCGUGAGAGAACCGAUGCCCUUGACGCUGCUGGUAAUACAACUGCUGCCAUUGGAAAGGGAUUCACUAUUGGAUCAGCUGCCCUGGUGUCUCUCGCUCUGUUUGGUGCAUUUGUGAGUCAUGCAGCAAUUUCUACCGUUGAUGUCCUGACACCAAAGGUCUUCAUUGGUUUGCUCAUGGGUGCCAUGCUUCCUUACCGGUUCUCUGCUAUGACCAUGGAAAGUGUGGGAAGGGCAGCAUUGAAGAUGGUUGAGGAGGUCCGCAGGCAGUUUAACAGCAUUCCAGGGCUCAUGGAGGGUCAUGCAAAGGCUAACUAUGCUAGAUGCAUCAAAAUUUCAACUGAUGCAUCUCUCAAGGAGAUGAUUCCACCUGGUGCUCUUGUUUCUGGUGUUCAGUUAAUUCUUAUGGAAAUAAGAUGCGUAUCUGUUUUGAUAGUUUACGUUGCUCAAGGUAUAGCUCUUGAUAGACUGCUUGUUCAGAAGAUGUUGUAGUUUCUUCGUUGUUGAACAAAAUCUGUAGGUAAACUAGGUUUGCUGAUUAAUGCUCUUAUCAUGAUCUCUAUGACAAUGUUGGAGCUUCACAUCGGUUUGUAUCAUUUGAUUGUGGUUUUUUCCUUGAUGAAAAUUAUUCGUUGGCCUUGGUUUUAAACAGAUUGGAAUUUCAACAUCCCACACUGG